CCCCAAAAAACCAGAUAAAUAAAAAAUCUCCCAUAAUUUUCCUCCAAAAAAUUUAAAACCUCUUCCAUUUUUUCCAAAAUUUUAAUUUCCACUCAAUUCCCAUUAUUUGUGGACGAAAAUAAAUUUAAAUUACCUACAAACAAACAAACAAAAAUAGCCCACAAAAAUAAAAAUAAAAAAAUAAAAUAGCCCAAUCAGCAUUUUUGCUCGGUCAAUCCAAACAGCCACUUAACUUCUUCCAUUUUCCAUUCUCUUUUACAACAAAACGUCACAGGUUAGUUUCCUUAACGACCAUUUCAAUUUUUUUUCUGCAAAAAAAAUCAAUUGAAAAAUCAUAGUUACAUUAUUUGAUAUAACCAAUUGGCUAUUGAUUUUUCAAUUGUGUCAGAUAAUAGUGACGAAACUCUUGGUCCCUCGAUCUUGGGAAUUCAUGUUUAUAUCUAUAUUAUGAAUUUUAGGUAUGUCUAAAGAUUCAAUUUUUCGUUGUGUGGUUUAUUCAAUCUGAGCUAUAGGGAGUUUUCUUGAAUUUCAACUGAAAAAACAAAAGGAGAAAAAAGAGUUAUCUUUUUGGGUUUCUAAAUUGUGGGUAUCUUUAAAAUAUUCAAUUUUUGCGUAAUUUGAGCUCUAGGGAGUUUUCUUGGAUUUCACAAUUGUGGGUGUCUUUAAAGAUUCAAGUAAUGACUAUGGGGUUUGCUUAAUUUGAGCUCUAGGGAGUUUUCUUGGGUUUCACUAUUGUGGGUGUCCUUAAAGAUUCAACUUUUGAUUGUGGGGUGUCUUCAAUUUGAGCUCUAGGGAGUUUUCUUGGAUUUCACAGUUGUGGGUGUCUUUAAAGAUUCAAGUAAUGACUAUGGGGUUUGCUUAAUUUGAGCUCUAGGGAGUUUUCUUGGGUUUCACUAUUGUGCGUGUCCUUAAAGAUUCAACUUUUAAUUGUGGGGUGUCUUCAAUUUGAGCUCUAGGGAGUUUUCUUGAAUUUCAGUUGUGCCCAAAAAAAAAAAAAAAAAAAAAGAGUUUUCUUGUUUUUUUCAGAUAGUGAUUUGAAGUGUGUUAGUGGGGUUUGCUUAGUAUUGUAUAAAGUUCCAAUCUUUAUACAAUUGUAUAAGCCAAAAAUAGUAGUUUUUUGGUUUCACAAUUGUGGGUACCCUUAAAGAUUCAAUUUUUUAGUGUUGGGUUUCUUGAAUUUGAACUCUAGGAAGUUUUCUUUAAUUUCAACUGAAAAAAAAGGAAAAAAGAGUUUAUUAUAUGGAUCUUGAGGUGUUGAAGAAAAGUUUGAACUAUGCUCAAAAGAAGAAGAAAUGGAUAAUUCUUCUUGGAUUAGUUGGUUUAUCUAGUUAUGGUGCAUAUAGAGUAUAUCACAUGCCUUCUGUUGUGAAGAAAAGAAAGACGGUCAUGAGGUUGUUGGGAGCUUUUAUCUCAAUGGCUGAAAUGGUUUCUGAUUCUUCUGAAGCUGUUAGUGUUGUGUCUAAGGAUUUAAAGGAGUUUUUGCAGUCUGAUUCUGAAGAACUUCCUAGGAGUUUGAAGCAGUUAGCUAAACUUGCAAGAUCUGAGGAAUUUACCAAUUCUGUGGUUAGAGUUUCCCAGGCUCUAACUGUAGGGAUUUUAAGGGGGUAUGGGAGUGAAAAUAAGGGUGAGAUUGAGGAGGUGGGUGGUUCAAGUUUUGUUGAUAAGGUCAUGGAUAGAAUGAUGAGUACUGUUGGGACUGGAUUUGUUUCUGUUAUUGUUGGUAGCUUUGCAAGGAACUUGGUUAUGGGUUUCUAUUCGAAUAGUGAGUCGGAUGAGGCGUUGAUUGGGAAUUACCAAUCUGGGGUCCCGUAUAUGAAGGCGAAUUCAUCAGAAGUGCCAAGAUGGGUUGAUGUGGUUUGUACUGAUAGAUGUAAACUAAUGAUUGCUGAUUGUAUCCAGACAUUUGUGAGCACUGCUGUUGCAGUUUACCUCGAUAAAACAAUGCAUAUAAACGUAUAUGAUGAUCUGUUUUCUGGGUUGACCAAUCCGAAGAAUCAAGCCAAUGUGAAGGACUUUCUAGUUUCCGUUUGUAAUGGGGCUGUUGAAACGCUAGUGAAGACGUCUCAUCAAGUGAUGACAGCUUCUGGAUCUGAUUCUGAUUUGAGUUUGAAAUCUGCUUGUUCCAUAGUUGAUCAAAGUGAUUAUUUAACACAAGCAAGUGGAAAGGCACUUCAGCAAGUGGCUCCAAGAAAAAUUAACACGAGUCAACCGAUUGAUCUACAAAGUAAUGGAUGGCUGACUAGUGUGUCAUCAACAUUGGCAGUUCCAAGCAAUAGAAGGUUUGUGCUUGACGUGACUGGCAGGGUGACAUUUGAAACGGUUAGAUCUAUUGUGGAGUUUUUCACUUUGAAGCUAUCCGAGAGCAUGAAAAGAAGUGCUAACGUUGUUCAUGAAGAAGUUGUGGAGAGAGGGCUCAAUGUCAUUACUCAAAUCAAUGCCAAGUCUUAUGUAAUUCUUACAGUAUGCCUUGCAUUAUUUCUACAUAUUCUUGGCAGUACUCAUGCUUUAUUGCCUGCCUAAAUAUUAGUGAUUCCUUAGAUCUAUUGUCUUAGAAGCUUAUAUGUUCUGUAGACUGGGAAAUAUGUACAUGCAUUUGUUAACCUAUUAUUAAACGGGCAGUUUCUCUA